AUUCCGUCGCGUCACCACGCCGCCGCCGUCGCUUUUCUGCUUGCUCGCAAAUCGAUAUUACCGUAUUUACUGUACCGUCGCACAUGCACGCUUUUAUUACUACGUAAACAGUUUACGGCUGUUUAAAAACUUUUACAGCGCGCUUCUUAUAUACAUAAUUGUAAUUCAUCACGUAUCUUUUGUCUUCAAACAAGUUUAUCGUCUGUGUGACAGCUUACCGCCGCAAGUAAACAAUAGACGCUAUAACAAACGAGAGAGCGUAACAGCUGAUAUUUGUAAGAACAGCUGAUCGUUUUUAUGAAUAACGCGCGGUGCUACGGAGUCUUAUAUUUUAAAUUUAGAUUUCGUAUAAACGUUGAAACGAUUGAAAUAAAAGUCUCGCGGUUGUAAAUUGGUAGAUAGCUUAUUUUAAUGCCGUCACCAAUUCGAUGAAGUCUUCCAGUGCGGAGGCCCGAGUGUUUUAUGGUGAGACGAAUGAUGCUUUAAAUAUAUCGCGAAGGCGACUAAAUGGCGUGUGCGCAUGGUCUUCACGUCGUUAAUAGAUCUUGUGAUAUAUGCUCACGAUUUGAGUGUAUAAACGUGCGGGUGAACGAAGGCCGCGGCUUGCGUCGACGUAGCGACGCUCCGGGGAAGUUGGCACGGUGCGCGGGCGCGGCGUGACGCGGGCGCGGCGCGGGCAGACUCGCCCGUGUCUCCGGCAUCUGCCUCCUCAGUACAACCUUGCUCGCGCUGAGGACAUGUCCGUGUUAUGGAUUACCAAUGCAUCGUCGUGUACACCGUCAUCAACAUCGCUCCGCCGCGGCAAUCCGCGCAGGCGUCGGAUGUUUCAGACGGAUGUGUCACCUGGUUCAAAAAUAAGAUCAAGAGAGCGGUAGCAUUUUAUCUUCAUUCAUUGAACUUGUCUCCCAACAGUGGAAUCAUACAUGGAAAUUUAGCAUGCUUAUACUACAAACAAGGGUUUAUAGAUCUAGCUAUAGACACAUACAGACGAGCUAUAGAACUCCAGCCUAAUUUUCCUGAUGCCUACUGCAAUCUCGCUAAUGCACUCAAGGAAAAAGGCCUCGUCUCCGAGGCGGAGGAGUGUUAUAACAAAGCUUUACGAUUAUGCCCUUCUCACGUUGAUACUCUAAACAACCUCGGCAAUGUCAAACGAGAACAGGGGAAAAUUGAUGAAGCUACCAAACUGUACAUGAAGGCUUUAGAAGUAUUUCCUAAUUUCGCGGCAACACACAGUAAUUUGGCUUCACUUUUACAACAUCAAGGUAAGCUUCAUGAGGCGUUAAUGCAUUAUAAACACGCAAUCAAUAUUCAGCCCAACUUUGCCGACGCUUAUAGCAAUAUGGGGAAUACAUUAAGAGAAUUGCAAGAUAUAGCGGGAGCUCUUGAGUGUUUCAAAAAAGCAAUUGAGAUAAACCCAACAUUCGCCGACGCGCACUGUAAUUUAGCAAGUAUUUAUAAAGAUUUGGGAAAUGUUACCAAAGCCAUUGAAUUAUACAAAAAGUCUUUACAAUUAAAACCCGAUUUUCCCGACGCUUAUUGUAAUUUAACGCACUGUUUGCAAAUAAUUUGUAACUGGGAUGAUUACGAUGAGCGAAUGUACAACAUUGUGUUGAUUGUAGAAGAGCAAUUACGUACCGAAAAAAUGUCCUCCGUACAUCCGCACCAUUCCAUUUUAUAUCCGUUAUCAAAUAAGGCCAGAAAAGAAAUUGCCACGCGACAUGCAAAUUUAUAUACGGAGAAAGUUGCCAUGUUACAUAGCAAACAUACAUUUUUACAUCAUAAGGAACGAAAAGGACGAUUACGUAUAGGAUAUGUUAGCAGUGAUUUUGGUAACCAUCCAACUUCCCACUUAAUGCAGUCUAUACCAGGACUCCAUGACCGGUCAAAAUUAGAAAUAUUCUGCUAUGCUCUAAAUGUUGAUGAUGGAACUACAUUCCGAAGUAGAAUAGUGAAAGACUCAGAACAUUUUGUGGAUUUUUCAACUGAAAUGUGUCAUUUCGAAGCAGCCAAAAGGAUAUACAAUGAUGACAUAGAUAUUCUAGUAAACAUGAAUGGUUAUACGAAAGGAGCUCGGAACGAAAUUUUUGCUUUACGGCCUGCUCCUAUCCAAGUAAUGUGGUUGGGAUAUCCUGGAACGAGUGGUGCGAAUUACAUGGACUACAUAAUAACUGACACGAUCUCAUCUCCCUCGUCUGCAGUUUUAGAUUUUACUGAAAAGUUUGCUUUUAUGCCACACACAUAUUUCAUUGGCGAUCAUAAACAAAUGUUUCCACAUUUGAAAAAACAGUUUAAUGUCAUAACUGUUAAUGAUAAGGAUUCUCACCAACAUGCAGCGGUAAUAAAUUGUGCUGAGAAUCUCAAAAUUGAAAAUUUAUUAAAUGUGACUGAAAGAAUCGAACAAGUUGAGUAUGAAGAGUUAGUACCAAUAGAAAUAUGCAUUCGAGAAAUAAACAUUCCAAUUGAAGUUAUCGAAAGUACUCAGGAUUCUAAACUAUUGCAGGUAACCGUCAACGGCACAUGUAUACAGAAUGGUUUAUCGGUGAACAGUUGUAAUAAAAAAGUUGCUGCUGCCGAAGAAAUAAAUGAAAGCAUAGUACUGACUUCAAGAAAACAGUACGGUCUCUCAGACAAUGCCGUAGUAUUCUGCAAUUUUAAUCAAUUAUACAAGACUGACCCCAGUAUUUUGGAAAUGUGGGUAAAUAUCCUGAAAAAGGUACCAAACAGCGUUCUCUGGCUGUUAAGUUUUCCCGCUGCUGGCGAACCGAAUAUACAUAAAUUUGCCCAGAAAUUAGGUUUACCACCUCGACGAAUUUUGUUUUCUGACAUCGCAUGCAAGGAAGAACAUGUGAGGAGGGGGCAAUUAGCAGAUGUAUGUUUAGAUACAGCGUUAUGCAAUGGGCAUACAACUGCAAUGGAUGUGUUAUGGGCUGGCACGCCAGUUAUUACCCUUCCUGGCGAAACAUUAGCCUCUCGCGUCGCGGCGUCGCAGUUGCAAGCACUGGGCUGUCCAGAACUCAUUGCCAAAAGUAAAAGACAAUACGAAGAUAUUGCUGUUAAAUUGGGAACAAGUAGCGAGUAUCGAAGAUAUAUAAGAGCUAAAGUUUCUAAAGCACGACUAGAUAGCACGUUAUUUAAUUGCGAGCAUUAUGCUCGCGGCCUGGAAUCACUUUAUAAUAAAAUGUGGGAACGAUAUGAGAAUGGUGAUAAGCCACAACACAUAUAUGCUGUGGAACAGACAUGAUUUUGAUUAAAUAAAAGAUUAAUAACACUUUUAAAAGUUAUUGUACGAGCUGUCCGUCCAGAUGCUAUCCAUAAGGAGUCUGCAGAUUUUAUGCGUCUUAGUUAUUGACUACGUAAUUUUUAAUUAUUAUUGUGCUAAUAAAUAAAACGAUAUGA